AUGAUGAAGGAAAACCUGAAUUCAAAGCUCAAUGAUGCAAUAACAAAGUUUUGUAAAAAGGAAAGUUUGAGGAUUUUGAAAGAAAGGAUGACAAAUGUAAUUUUUGAAGAUAAAACUGAAAGCACAGAAAUUUUGGAAUUUCCAAGUAUCGAAACUGGACGUGAAGGUACCAAUUUGAAACUAGUUUUGGGAGAAAAAAGAAAUGAUGAAAAAGAGAAUGAAGAUAAAAAGGGAAAUGGUGAACAACACAAUGAUAAUGAUGGACUUGAACCUGAAGUAGAUUAUUUUCUUGAUGGAAACGAAUUUGAUAAUGAAGGAACAAAAAAUGAUGGAGAGAUUAAUAGAAAAGAAAAUGAUGAAAAAAAUAAGGCGAAACUGAAGCAAAAGAGAAUGAUGGAAAGAUUAAUGAAAAUGAGAAUGAUGAAGAGAAAAAAGAUAAGGAGACUGUAG